AUGUCCUCGAGGCCUCCAAACCAUCCACAGCGAGGGGUAGCCAGUAAUGAAGUUGCUCAGCAUCGCGCUAGGCCGCCACAGACGCAACCACAAAACUCUCGUGUACCAAACCCAAACUCUCAGCUCUUAUCGAGUGUUCAUUUACAUUAUUCAGCCGCACUAUCAUCAAAGAAGAGCGAACUGGAUGCAUUAGUCGCCGAAUACUUGGCAGUCGCAGAGGAACAGCAGCGACGACGCGUACGGAUCGAAGCGUUGAUGGUCCAGACAGAAGCGGAGAUGGAUGCGCGUUUGCAUUCGAUUGCUGAGGAGAAGAAGGCUCUCCGUUCAUCAUUUUCAGAGCUUAGAAAGCAAUUGUUCAGAGAGGAAGACGUGUAUGCGAGUGGAGAUCAUGGAAAGAUAGGAGACCAAGCAGUGAUCAGAGGACUAGUGGACGCCGAGUAUCCUGGUCGUGGCAGGACGAGCGCCAUUGUUCCGUUAUCCAUGGGAAGAGGAGGCCAAGGUCCAGGAAGACGUGUUGUGAACGGCACUCGACCAGGAAGACCCGAAGACGAGCCAAUCUCACAGCCGAAACAUAGCCAAUCAAGACCUCAUCAACAGAGAAUGGAACCACCAUUGAUAAAACCCGGACCGAAGAGAGAAGUGGAGGAGGAAGAUGACAGUUCGUCGGGAUCAGGCGACUUGAACCCCCUUGUGGCACCUCCACGGCCAACGACAUCCUCCCCCUCACAUCAAGCAUCGCUUAAACCAGCUCCAGUAGCGCAGGUGCAGCCUCGGCCCCUUAAGCACCCCGCUCUGCCACCGAACAGAAGCUUUUUCCCAGAGAGGCCGUUGUUGACCAUUACCCCGUCUCCACGCAAGAGUAAUCAUGCUGCUGGUGACUGGGUGGCUCCGACGGGGGCAAUCUCGAGGGCAGGGGCGAAGAAGGGCAAGGAGGGUGCGCCUCGCUAUCAACCGUAUUGA